CGCGUUGGGUGUCGCCUUUGUGUCGCCUGUCGCCUCCGCAAACUGAGAUAGGUUUCGAUUCUCUAGUUGCUCAUGAGUCUACGUGUUCUUGAAGCUUUCAAACCAUACAUCCACUCAGCUACUGCCCACCAGCUCCAGACGAAUGAGCUCUCGCGUAUUUCAAAAAAAAAUAAUCUCAUGAUCAUUUCACCGGCUCUCUCUCUACCGUCGUCCUCAAUCAUCAUCCGAUAGUUGAUUUACCGAAGAAGCCUAGAAACCGCAUCGUUUUUAUCCUAUGGCGCAACCAUAUUUCAAUCCAUGCCUCGACCCAGCUAAGUUCCAAGAGGGUGAGCUGUCCCAGAAUCCUGCAACUCGCCUGCGACAACUAUUGUGUCGGCCCGGUACUAUUAUUGCGCCCGGUGUAUUUGACGGAAUUAGUGCACGAUGUGCGCUGGAAGCGGGGUUUGAUUGUCUGUACCAGAGCGGUGCUGCCACAACUGCUUCAAGACUCGGACAACCCGAUCUCGCUAUCGCGACAUUGAAUGACUUUGUAGAUGUAGCGGCAACGAUUUGUAGUCUUGAUCCUACAAAGCCUGUCAUAGCAGAUGCUGAUACUGGCUUUGGCGGACCAAAUAUGAUUGCUCGCACCGUUACUCAAUAUGCGAGAAUAGGCUUAGCGGGCCUACAUCUGGAAGAUCAAGUCCAGACCAAGCGAUGUGGUCAUUUGUUCGGAAAGCAGCUAGUUUCUAGAGAAGAGUUCGCAACGCGCAUACGUGCAGCAGUGUUGGCCCGUGAUGCUAUUCCUGGAGGCUCUGACCUUGUGAUCAUUGCUCGUACCGAUGCCGCUCAAGGGGCAGGGGGAAUGGAUGAAGCUCUCACACGAUUGAAGCUCGCCUCGGAUGCCGGAGCAGAUGUAUUAUUCUUGGAAGGCAUUUCUUCCAAGGAGGAUCUGGCGCGCACAGUCUCCACAUUUUCUCCUAAACCCGUUGGUUGUUUGAAAAGUCUCCUUUGCUACCAAAUCUAAUCUCAGCUCAGGUCCUACUGAACAACGUGACUGGAGGCUUCACGCCACACUUCACAGCCGAUGAAGCCAAGGAACUUGGCGUGAAACUGAUUAGUGCGAGAAAUACUUUCAUUCCUCGGUACACGUUGCCGGAGACUAACGAUACCUUCUUACAGUAUAUCCCUUGAUCAGCGCAGUGCCUAUGGUCCAUGCGGUACGGGCAGCUCUAAAAUCGUUGAAAGAGACUGGUUCCGAUGUACCUUCCGCACAGGGCAUGGGCCCGAGGCAAUUUUUUGAAGUUAUGGGAUUGGAAUCUGCUGUCAGACUGGACAAGCAAGCUGGUGCGACGUCGUACGACACUGUGUAAUCUUUUCUUGUUGACAAGCACCACCUGCUCGAUGCCUGUAUAUCUACCCCCUUACGGUGCCAUGAUCGGUUGAAUAUACACUGCCUACGGGGCUUCUGGAACCACGAUGGCAAAACCGAGGGAUCUUCGUCGACGUCGUCCGAUAUGUACGACAUUCAAUCGAUUUAGCGAUGAGAUUUUGUCGAGUUCAGUGACCGCGGAUCGUUUUGUCCGAACCCGCAACGACAAGAUGCAUGCUUCAUCUCAAAACCUCCCUGGGUUUAACACCGUAUUAGGUCCGCAAGCCAAGGAUUGCGAAUGCCACAGGGAAGUCAUCCCGUUGCAUACCCCUGCACUCAACCGGAACGGAAGGAAGAGGCCCGAAAUGUCAAUCCCAUGCAUCUAAUCGAGGA